AUGCACUCGAUACAUACUCUUGCUCACAGGGCUCCGCCCGCGGCCCGGUCUCGGGCCCGGUGGCAGCCCUACGCUGCUCUUGCUUCUGCAUCAUCAUCGUCAUCAUCCUCCACUGACUCUCCAUCUCUUUCAACCCCGGCCACUUCUGUAUCACCAUCCCCAAAGCCUACCCCAUUAUGCGAGACAGAGCGUCUCAAAGCUCACUCGUCUAUGCCUCAACUCCCAAAGGAGUCUAAGAACAAAUAUGUGACAGGUUUAGUCGAUCAAGCCGUGAAAUCGCUUUGCGAAAUAUGGCGUCCACAAGACAUCCCCACUGUUUUUCUCACAUCCAAUAAGCCAACAAUUGGCCCCGAAAUUCCCCUUCCACCCCGCGCCUCCCAUUUGCCGACUUCAGCUUCUCCCCUCCUACGUGGAGAGCCAGACAUCACCAGUGGACUUCACAGAAAUAAUCUCGUUCCCAUGAAGGGCUUUGUACACGAGGUUCUCCGCCGUUCACGCACUUCUGGCUCAGUCCUACAGACAGCAUUGUGCUAUCUUGAAGCUAUCCGCUCGCAAGUCCCAGAGCUAGUCGCCAAAGAGCAAUCGGGAGAAGGAACAUUCAUCCGGUAUGACUCAGAUAGCCGCAUCACGCCAGCCACACCAGCCGAGCUUGCUCUGGAAGCACAACUUUCUGCCUCAUCAGAUAUCGAGUUGUCUGCAACUGACGACGAAACAGUCAUGGACACUGUCCGAGUUACCUUUGACGACGAUGUAGUCGGCACGGCCACACCGUUCGUCAGUUCAUCGAUGGAUAACAACGACAAAAUACUGGGUAGCGAGUCAUUCGCCUUACUCCCCUCUCCACUUUUGUGCCCUCGCCGGGCCUUCCUGGCUUCUCUCAUCCUCGCUUCCAAAUUCACACAAGACAAGUGUUAUUCGAAUCGCGCCUGGGCGAAACUCUCUGGUCUACCGGCCAAAGAGAUUGGUCGCUGUGAGCGAGCCCUCGGAGAUGCCUUAGAUUGGCGUCUCUGGGUUGGCAAAACGCCCGCUACCUCGCCAGCCGCUUCAUCUAGCACUCGUCCACUUGGAAGAUGCCAAAGUGAAACUGCUCUGCCUGCCUCGACCCCGGCCAAUAAGCGCCCUCUUCGACGCUCAUCAACGGUUCCUACUGAUGCGUUUGCAUGUGGAGAAAAGGAGUACAUUCCUGUCGCAGAUAAGCUGUGGCCGGGAAGCCAACUGGGCAGAAAGGCUCAGGAAGAUGAGUCAAUGGAGUCACCGAAGGGUGAUUCGUUUUACUCUACGUCCUCAAGUUCGAGUCAUUCGGGCAGUCCGAUUCCUCCUACGCCGGGACUCAGUUACUCGCCUUCCUCGACUGAAUCAGAUUCCUCAUCGGGAGAUCGCACGAUUCAGAUGUCAACAUUCCUGGACGACGCUAUGGCCAGCGGUUGUGGAGAUACUUGGGGACCAGCUCCGACGUCACCCACGCUGUCGGGUCUUGCUUUUGAAGCGGCUCUCCGUGUUGCGCCGGUGCCGGCAUUCGGCAAUAAACUUGGACCGGAUGCUGCAUGGCAAUGGGCUGGAUACAAUUUCGCCAAGUUUGCGCCAGUGCCGCCGCCUUUGGCUGUGGACUAUUCUGUCGCAGUUUCCUGA